AUGGCGGCUGCCCGCGGGACCGGGCCCGGCGCCGUCCCCUGCAUGGGGAUGAUGAUGAUGAUGCUCGGAGCGCUCUGCCUCCCGCCCUGCGCCAGGGCCCAGACCAGGAUCCCGCUGGAGACGGUGAAGUCCUGGGCAGAUGCCUUUGGUGGGGAGCUGUACUCCAUUGUCACCAAGUACUCAGGCUCUCUCCUGCUGCAGAAGAAGUACAAAGACGUGGAGCCAACUCUGAAAAUCAAGGAGGUGGACGGCCUGGAGCUGGUGAAGAAGUUCUCGGAGCAGAUGGAGAGCAUGCUCCGCAGGAAGGUGGAAGCUGUUGAGAGGCUGGUGGAAGCAGCAGAAGAUGCAGAUCUGAACCACGAGUACAACUCCUCUCUGGAGUUUGAUUACUACAACUCUCUCCUGAUUAAUGAUAAGGAUGAAAAUGACAAUUACGUGGAGCUUGGGGAUGAAUUCAUCCUGGAGCCAAAUGAGCAUUUCAAUAACCUGCUGGUGAACACAACCUACAGCGAUAUCCAGCUGCCCACCAAUGUCUACAACAAAGACCCGGACAUCCUCAAUGGGGUUUACAUGUCAGAAGCCCUGAAUCCAAUUUUUGUGGACAACUUUGAAAGGGAUCCCACACUGACCUGGCAGUACUUUGGCAGCUCCACCGGAUUCUUCAGACUGUACCCAGGAAUAAAGUGGUUACCAGAUGAGAACGGGGUCAUCUCCUUUGACUGCAGAAACCGUGGCUGGUACAUCCAGGCAGCCACCUCUCCCAAGGACAUUGUCAUCAUUGUGGAUGUCAGUGGCAGCAUGAAGGGCCUGAGGAUGACCAUUGCCAAGCACACCAUCGUCACCAUUCUGGAUACUCUGGGAGAAAACGACUUUGUCAACAUCAUUGCAUACAAUGAUUAUGUUCAUUUUAUCGAGCCCUGUUUUAAGGGUAUCCUGGUCCAAGCAGACAGAGAUAACAGAGAGCACUUCAAGCAGCUGGUGGAGGAACUGCAGGCAAAAGGAGUGGGGACUGUGAACAAGGCUUUGACAGAGUCCUUCAAAAUCCUGAGAGAGUUCAGAGAUGCUGGCCAAGGAGGUUUGUGUAACCAAGCCAUCAUGCUGAUCACCGACGGAGCCGUGGAGGAUUACGAAGCUGUGUUUGAAAAAUACAACUGGCCCGAUCGGAAGGUGCGGGUGUUCACGUACCUCAUCGGACGGGAGGUCACUUUUGCACCGAACGUCAAAUGGAUCGCCUGCAACAACAAAGGCUACUACACUCAGAUCUCCACGCUGGCAGAUGUCCAGGAGAACGUCAUGGAGUACCUGCAUGUGCUCAGCCGGCCCAUGGUCAUCAACCACGACCACGACAUCAUCUGGACCGAGGCCUACAUGGACAGCGCGCUCUUCGCCUCGCAGGCGCAGAGCCUGCUGCUCAUGACCACCGUGGCCAUGCCGGUGUUCAGCAAGAAGAACGAGACGCGAUCCCAUGGCAUUCUCCUGGGUGUGGUGGGCUCUGAUGUACCACUCAGGGAGUUGUUAAAACUUGCUCCACGGUAUAAGCUGGGUGUCCACGGCUACGCCUUCCUGAACACCAACAACGGCUACAUCCUGUCACACCCAGACCUCCGUCCUUUGUAUAAAGAAGGGAAGAAGCUGAAGCCAAAGCCAAACUACAACAGUGUAGAUCUCUCAGAAGUGGAGUGGGAAGACCAAGAUGAAAUACUGAGAAGUGCUAUGAUCAAUGGGGAAACAGGCUACCUCUCCAUGGAUGUGAAGGUCCCCGUGGACAAAGGGAAACGGGUUCUCUUCCUCACCAAUGAUUAUUUCUUCACUGACAUCAGUGGCACACCCUUCAGCCUGGGUGUUGUGCUGUCCAGGGGGCACGGGGAGUACAUUCUGCUGGGGAACACUUCAGUGGAAGAAGGUUUGCACGACCUGCUCCAGCCAGACCUGUCUUUAGCAAAUGAAUGGAUUUACUGCAUCACCGACAUCGAUCCUGACCACCGCAAGCUCAGCCAGCUGGAGGCUGUGAUCCGUUUCCUCACUGGAGAGGAGCCCGACCUGGAAUGUGAUGAGGAGUUGGUCCAGGAAGUGCUGUUCGAUGCAGUGGUCACUGCCCCCAUGGAGGCCUACUGGACAACAUUAGCCCUCAACAUGUCCUUGGACACCGAGGCAGGCAUUGAGAUGGCGUUUCUGGGCACUCGGGCUGGACUCAUGAGGAGUGCCCUGUAUGUGGGCUCUGAGAAGAUUUCCAACAAGAAAUUCCUGACACAGAAGGACAAGGAAAGCAUCUUCACCAUGGACCACUUCCCUCUGUGGUACCGCAGGGCGGCCGAGCAUCCCCCCGGCAGCUUCAUCUACAGCAUUGUCUCGGAAGAUGAUUCAGAGGGGGGUGGCCUGCCAAAAGUGGUGACAGUGAGCACGGCCGUGUCCGUGUCUGUGGAUGGGAAGAUGGGAAUUGCUGCAGCUGUGGGUGUGCAGAUAAAGCUGGAUUUGCUCCAACGCAAGUUUUGGACGGCCAUGCAACAGCCCAAUGACACUGAUUGCAGCGGCCUGGAUGGUGCCUGUCCACUCAGCUGUCAGGAUGAUAUUCUGAACUGCUUCCUCAUUGACAACAACGGCUUUAUACUUGUUUCCAAAAUACCUGAAGAGAUGCUGUUGAAAGAUGAUCUGAGAGGGAAGGGAAAGACUGGAAAAUUUUUUGGUGCAGUGGAUGGCUCAGUGAUGACCCAGCUACUAAACAUGGGCAUGUUCAGGCGAGUGACCAUGUAUGAUUACCAGGCCAUGUGCAAGGUGCCCUACCACCACCACAGCGGCGCCCGGCCCCUGCUCAGCCCAAUUUAUGCCUUUGUAGCUGCAGUGAAGUGGCUGAUAAGUGAUUUCCUCAUCUUCCUUUUGGAGUUUAACAUGAGUAGCUUCUGGCACUCAGACAACUUGGCAGAUGCCAAGGCUGUCUUCCACCACUCUCACAGGCACAAGAAGCACGACACGCUGCAGCCCUGCGACACCGAGUACCCCGUGUUCGUGUACGAGCCGGCCAUCAGGGAGACCAACGGGCUCAUCGACUGCGGAGACUGCCAAAAGAUGUUUGUGGCACAGCAGAUCAUCAGCAGUAACCUCCUGCUCCUCGUCACGGACACCGUCUGCGAUUGCAGCGUCUUCCCACCCGUCCCAAUGGAUGCAAAAGAGGUCAAAUACAACGCGUCCGUCAAGUGCGAGAGGAUGCGCUCGCAGAAGCUGCGCCGCCGGCCGGACUCGUGCCACGCCUUCCACCCUGAGGAGAAUGCCCAGGACUGCGGUGGCGCUGCUGCCAUCGCCGUGUGGCCGACGCUGCUGCUCCUGCCCCUGGUGCUGCUCCUGCGGUGACGCUGCCCGGGGCAGCCACGGACCCAGCGGGACACGGUGGGACACGGUGGGACCCGGAGGGACACGGCCCCUGCUGGGACACCGAGGGUCCCCCACCUCAAGGGCCAGCACGGUGCCGACUAGGAAGGCUCCUCGGAAGGCUGUGGCCAAAAGAGAAGCGAGAAGCGGCAGGGGCAGCUCCUGUCACAGCAGCUCCUCCGUGACCCCGCUCACGGCCAUCCUCGCCGUGGAGAGCAUCCUCCAGCAUCCUCCAGCA